GAGGGGCGUUCCUGGGAAGGCGGAGGCGCCCCGCUUGCGCCUCGCAGACUACAUUUCCCAUCCUGCCCUUGCACGGUCCUCGCGGCCCCCCUUCUUUCCCUCGCCAAGAGAUGGCUAGGAAGCGCCGAGAGUCCGGCGUGGAUUUCGGGGCGCGGAGCUCCUUCCUGGCAGGUGCAGCGCAGGGCGAUCCUCGAGGGCUCCGUCUGGAAGCGCAGCCAGAACUUUAGCCCGAAGUUCUGCUGAAGAGCGCGGCGCCACUUCCCGUCGAGGCGGAGAAAGGAAGCUGCGAGCCCCGGCUCCGCGUAUGUGGGGCUGCCCGACGGGCGGAGAGGGGCGCGCUGGGGACCCGGCGGGCAGAACUUGUAGCGUGGCCUCUGCCACGGAAGUGGGCUAUGGGGUCAGGGAGGGGGAGCUGGCCGCCCCAGGAGACCCCGGACUCUUUUAUUGUUAGUUUUGCUUUGUUUGUUUUACGUCUGAUGUCUCAGAAUAGCUCAUAUCUUUCUCUUUUCUUUCCCUUGGUGAGCUUUAUUGUGUGCGCUCGUAAACUUCCUCCUUUGUGGUGCUCUGGGAAAGGACCGGGGCACCAACGUUGCCAUUUUUCCUAUAGGACCCCAGUGCCUCUGAAUACCAGUCGCUGGGGUGAAUUGGGGGCGGGGGACAACCGUAGUAGCCAGGGUACUAUUGCCCUCAUAUCCUUCCUCCCCUGAGGUAUCUGGUUGGCCACUGUGGCCAAUAGGAAGCUGGAGGAGAUUGGUCCUUGGUCUGGUCUAUUAGGGCUCUUUUUAUGCUCUUGUCUUCUGGAUGAGACCAAGAUGUGGGUAGCCCAGCCCCAAGGGUCAUGUGGGGUGGUCUCAAGCAAGCGGUGACCUUUCGUCCUUCUGCUCCUGCGUGUGUGCCAAUAUCAAGUAAUCGGAGAUUGCCUCCGAACGUGUUCUGGUUUGUGUGGGAAUGUGUAAACAUCAUUUACAACACAGUGCCAGUUUGCGCAUUUGAUGUGGGGUGAUUAAUCUCAAUGUGGAACAUUUAUAACAUCAUGCCGGAUGGUGGUUAAAUAUACAAGACAGAGAAGCCGACAUUGUGCAGUGAAAGCUGGAGCAUUGGGGGCAGGGGAGAUAACUCGGGAAAGAAGACAUUAUAUUGAUUCUGGAUCAUUGCUUGAUAUUCUCCUGCCCGCCUACACAACAUCCACUUCUGUGCUGUCAGAGUUCCUCUUUCUAAUGCUUUGGAGCAACAUGCUUUCAGGCUGGCUCUUAGAAGCCAGCUACAGCUGCACCCUGAACUGAUGGGGACUCUCCACAGCCAGAGAUACAGCAUUGUCUACAAGUGGUGUUAGGGAUUAAAAUUAUUACAAUUAUUGAAUAAUUAUUCAAGAACUCCAAAAGGGCUACAGCUCACAAACAACGUCAUCAUUUUCCAGGGAUGAGAACUUCCUCUUGCAAGCAUUUAAAGCUACUUUUAAUAAUCAGACAGCUCCCCUGAAUAUUUCAAUUAAUAAUGCCACAUUUCCCCUUCAUUGCGACUUUCCCCAGGCAUAAGGUAUAUAAUGCUUUCUCGUGCCUAUAUGAUCUUAGUGCCCAUAUAUGGAUAUAUACUUUGGCAUGUUUUCACAACAUGAGGAACUUUAGAACUCUAAGAAGCAACUUGCUGCUUUCUUCAUUUCGGUUGGGGACGAGUUUCAAAUACAGUGGUACCUCUAGUUACGAACUUAAUUCAUUCCGGAGGUCCGUUCUUAACCUGAAACUGUUCUUUGCUAGAGGCGUGCUUUCGCUAAUGGAGCCUCCUGCUGCCGCUGUGCUGCCAGCACACGAUUUUCGUUCUCAUCCUGGGGCAAAAUUCUCAACUCGUGGUAACUCUUCCGGAGUUUGUAACCUGAAGCGUUUGUAACCUGAGGCAUUUGUAACUCGAGGUACCACUGUAAUAGAUUACUUACUCUCUUCUAAUUUUGGUAAGAAUAACAAUUUGGUCCAGUUUUCCAUUCAGAUUUGGUUUGACACCUCUGGAGCAUGCAAGCUUGCUUCUGUUCAGCAUGCACACUUGAACUGUUUCAUUACCACCCUUCAAAGGAUUUUGCAUAUGAACUUGCCAUUCUACCUUUUUGUCUUCUCCCAGUAGGCUAGAUCUUCUAUGCCCUGCUGUAAAUCUGAGCUGUCCUGCUGCGGGUUUAGAGUCUAGAGCCCAUCUGUUCUUCCAUAUUUCGGAUUUGGAUGCCAUGGAGUCAACGGCAGGCAUAAUGAUGAACAAAGGACCAGAUUCUAGGAAAAGUGGGAUUACAGGUAAGUAAGAGAAGAGAGACAGACCCAGUUCUAAAGGUACCCUCAAAGGGCUUCUAUUGCACAAAGACAUGCUGAAACACACCAGCACACCCAAUCUGCAUCCUGUUGUUCAGAUAACUUGCCUGGAUCUGUGGCAAUAGCCUGUUUCCCUGUGUGAGUCCAUUUCUUCUUCUCCCUUUCUCUGUCCCUGCCCCAUGGAGGGCCAUGGACACGUGGUUCUUCAGGAUGAAGCCUCCUAGUACUAAGUAAGGUCACUGGUCCACAGAGCCAAGUAACUCAUUGACAUGCAAAGAUUCAAUCCCUGGCAUCUCUAGAUCAGAUGGAGAAGGACACUCGUCUGGAAUCUGGAAGAGGUACUGCCAGUCAGUGCAGACAGUUUCAACCAAUGGUCUGACUCAGUAGAAAUCAGCUUCAUAUGUCUCAUGUGUAGCUCACUGUUUUCUCCUAUGAAUGGCAGUGGCUCUCUAGGGUCUCAGGUGGAGGUCUUCCUUGGGCUGAGAUCCUACCAAGGAUUGAAUCUGGAGCCUUCUUCUCUGAGUUCAUUGGAUGCUUCCCACAUCAUGCCCCAUUUGUAGACUUCCUGGAAGCAUCUCACUGACCUCUGUUGUUGUGUGUGCCCUGGAUAGGGAACCUGUGGCCCUCUAUGUGCUGUUGGACUCCAGCUCCCAUCAACCUCAGCCUUUUGGCCUAUAGUCAGGGAUGAUAGGAGCUGCCAUCCAAUUUAUAGAACCAAAGCUUCCACAUCUUUGUAGCAUCAUUAUAUGCCUGUCCAUGGUACUGGGGAGUUGUUCGGACUAUGAACCUUGACUCUUGCUCUAAAUGUUUUGAGUUGAUCCUCUGUGGUUGAUACAAUGCAUAAGUGCCAUUUUAGGCAAUCUCUCUUCAUGUCAACAUGGAAAGUCUUGUGCUUAUUGUAUCGACCCUCUUACAGAGACUCUGCCUUGUACAAAGUAUUUCUUUUCGUUUAUUGAAUUUAUAUACCACCCUAUACCCGGAGGUCUCAGGGCAGUCCACAAAAAAGAUCACAAUAUAUAAAAUAAAAAUAAAAACAAUAAUCCAAUAACACACCCCCCCCAAAAAAGAGCCACAUUUUAAAUGGUAUAGGAUGUUGAUUAGGUCAGCCAAAGGCUUGGUUAAAAAGAAACGUUUUUGCCUGGCGCCUAAAGGUGUAUAAUGAAGGCACCAGGCAAACUUUCCUGGAAAGAGCAUUCCACAGAUGGGGAGCCACUUCAGAGAAGGCCCAUUCUCUUGUUGCCACCAUCCGGACCUCUCAAGGAGGAAACACACGAAGGAGUGUCUUACAGUGCAGUCUCUGGAAUACCUUCCCUGGUGCAACAUCCCAAGUGUUUUGCUGCAUUAAUGCAACACCGUGGCCACUACAUUGCUGUGGCGAAAUGUCCCUUGCACAGCAAACAUAGGACUCAUUUGCACAGCUCUUAGAUUUUUUUAGGUGCUUCAAUAUGUUCUAAACGGUAAUAGUAUUGUCAACCAUAAGCAUUGCACGGGAUUGGGGUGGUAGCUCACAUGUUGCAUGCAUCAGCUUUAACAUGUGCUUUUAUUUUUACUUUUGAUGUUAUCUGAUAAGCCAUUCCUUGCCAACAUGCAUUUUUCUCUCAAUUUCCAGGCUUGCUUACAAAGCACCUUUGGAAGGCCUUGCGCCUGUCUUCCCCCGUGGCACUUUCCCAACACUGUACAGGUAGGUGAAGUGUGCGGCGCAUUCCAAUAUACUAUCUGCUUUUGUAUUCUGCGCCUGUGGACUGAAUACUGAAACUGAAUCUGGACGGUAAGAAAGAAUUGGAACAUUUGAACGAUGGUGACACCAUUUGUUGUGACUGUGAGAACAAAUCAUGCACAUCAAGGAAAUAUAGGCACAUCUCUAUACUUUGCAUGAAUGAGACAGGUUGGACAGAUAUACUUUUUCAGGGUACAGAAUUUGUUCACAACUCUUAAUGCAGAAUCCAAUGAAUAGGGCAAAAGUAGCUAUUGUCUUUGAUGGAGAGCUGCUGGCCACACAGCAAAACAUUGGAUUCUUAUGGGGAGGAAAGAUGAUAGCCUGUGCAUGUUCAGCAGCUAGAAUUUGUUGUUGGAUCCCCUUGUGGCUUUCUCCUUGGGCUUUUGAUUCAGCAGACUAGUGAAAGGUGAAGGUGAUUUUUGUGGAUUCCCCGUUUCUAACCCCUGCCACCUUCCAUGUUGUUCUGGAGGGUCCAGAUUUUUCAAGGACUGCAGGAAGGAUUGGUGAGAAUUGCUUCUUUCCCACCUUUCCAGCGUCUGCUGGAUCAAAAGCCUUUCUGCAAGCAGUGGAAGAGCAGAAUUGGACUCAACCCUAUUUACUUCAUUUAUUUCCUGCUUUUCUGCAACAGACCUCACUCAAAGUAGCAAUCUUAUAAUAUAAGUGCUGCUUUACCUGGAAUAAUCUCUGUUGUAUAAGCAUGUAGAAAAGAGCAUCUUCCAAAUUAACAACAAAUUGCUUGAUUUGAAGCACAGAAUACGUAGCCUAACUGUGCAUGUUUGGCUGUGGAUUUUUGUAACUGGAUUGCAAUGGAUUAGCAGCCUAGCAGGAUGGAUUUGUGCUACUGGGAAAAGCUUUGGGUGCUGCAGGAGUUGCUUUGGCAUAAGCCAUUUUGUCCUCUGUCACAGCUACACUCAUUUGUAGGAUCAAGGUAUUCUCAGGCUUUCAGUAUGAACAGAUCCUGCUAUUUACUAAUUAAUUUUAAUGCAUAAACAAGUUAAGGCCUAGAGCCUCUAAUAACUGUCACCCAUGUUAACAACACUCAGUGGUGGUUCUUUUUCCAUGUUGCCUCUGGAAGGCAAGUGGCACAUCAUACAGUUAUUAACUGCAUGCUCUUUGCUGAAGGCACAGGCAAUGUGCAUUUAAACCAGCCUUGCAAGUGCAUUUAAACCAGCCUUGCAAAUAAGCCCACGAAAGUUACUAGCCUGCAAGCAAACCUACCAGCUUGCAGAGGAUGACAAAGAGCUCAGUCUCUCCUAUGGCAGCUUGCUGCACUUCUAUGCUGGGUACAGAGGAGGGGAGCUUCCCUCUUCUUCCAGCAGCCAGCCUGGGUUCUGUUCUGGUUGUAGUGGAGCAAUGGAACGCUCCAUCUUUCUGCCAGCUUGCUUACUCACCUGAAUGGAAUUCCUGAUCACCUAUGACUGCCAGGCUAGUGCUUAAAUAUCAGGCUGAUUCAAAACACACAGGGUUGUUAGUCCUACUCAGAAUGGGCCCAUUGAAAUUAAUGGACAUGGCUCACUAAAAUCCACUAAGUUCAGUGGCUGUACUGUAAAUAGAACAUACAAAGGAUACAGCUCACACAUUUUAAGGAGUAGAUGAAUCAUUUUAAUUUGUUUUCGUUAGUGGUCUAUUAGCAUAUUUUACGUUUAUACGCUGAGACAGAGGGAAUGCUUAUAGAAACGGAUGUGACAGCUACCUUCCAGUGAAAGGCUCUGCUUAAAGCCGUGUGUGUGCUCAUGGCAAAAUAUAAUCUAAAAGCAAUGGCAGUGGGAGUUGUGUGAAAGGAAUUGCCUCUUCCCAGAGGCACAAUUCAUUAGCAUUCAUGAUACGUUGUAGAUCUGUGCAAAGGGGAGCUAUUUCAUGAGCAUCUGUUCUUGGGGGGAACCAUCCUGUUCUUGCAGGUUCUUGCCCAGACUUGAUAAUGAGCAGGAAUGAAGUGCCGGAACAAAAGAUAGUCCACAGAGAAGCUUCAUCUAGGCCUCGGUCACCCAUGAAGACUCACCAGACACUCUGCUUAUCCCUCUCAUCAGACAGUGCCAGGCAAUACAGUGGCUUGGUCUCUCUGGAGAACCUUGAUACUCAGGUGAGUGAUGAUCUAAGAGACAUUUGUUGGGAAAUACACAGUUUGUUGUCUGCCAUGCGGCUGCAUCAGUUUGUGAAUCUAGUAGUAGGAACUUAACUGAUACCUUUCUCCUCUUUUUCAAAUAGAUGAAACAAGCCCACAGUGGUGGGGCAGCCAGCAGCACUGGUUCCCUGGAACGGGCAUCCUUGUUUUGUGCCUCUGUACCCAGUUCCUCGUCCAAAUCCAUCCCCUCCAAGCCAACGGGAUCUCCAUCCAAGCCCAAGUCUUCCAACUCUUUGUUUUCUCCGUUGCUGCCAAAGGGCGGCUUUGAAUUCAGUCCCAAUCCGUCAUCUGUUUCUAGCUCCAAGAAGCGCUGCAAUGGGAGUCUCAAAUCCGGGGAAGCCAGUGACCCAAAGCCAAGGGAGCUGCAGGCGGGCUUCGGUUUCUUGGAGCCGGUCAUUGCCAGGGUAACAGACUUCAUCUAUGUGGGGAACCUCCGUGCGGCUUACAGUGGGCAGGCGCUGUGCAAGAACCAGAUUGACAGCAUCAUUGACGUGAGCAGCUUGCCCAGGGACUGCAGGCUGAGCUUCAUCCCUUGCACCUGCAGCCGAGGGCCCCAGCAUAGCUGGUCCCGCCUCAAGGUGCACGUCCAGGGGCCUUUGGAGGAGGAGCACCUUUCUCUGCAGCAGCCAUGCUUCUGGGACAUCAACCGGUGCCUUGAGGCCUCGCUGGAGAAGAGGAAGCGGGUUCUGAUUCACUGCAGGGAUGGCUACUCCCUGGGUCCUACCUGCGUCAUCCAGUACCUGAUGGUCAAGCACCACAUGAGGCUACUGGCUGCUUAUGAGUUUGUCAGAGCAAGGUACCCAGUGAACAUCCGGGGGUGUCACCAAGACCUGCUGGUGGACCUAGAGAGGUCUCUGUGGCCUGGAGAGGUGGACAUGGAGUGCUCUAAACAAGCCAUGUCGAGGAAGAUGGCAUGGACAUAGGGUCAGGCUAGAUGGCAGCAGUUUCAUCUCACACAUGUAGAAAGGUGGGGAGGAAUGUGGUUCAUGGUGACUGAAGCUUCUCCCCUUGCCUGUCCCUCCUCUCCCAGCACCUUCCCCGUAUCUAGGAGAGGGAGCAGGUCUUGCAUUGUACACACUCUCUUCACCCACCUUCUUUUUCCGCAGCAGGGAUGGCUCAACUUUUUUCGCUGCAUUCGCUCUUGGUUAGCCUUUCAGGGGCCAUGCCCUGGUGGAGGGCUUGAGGAAAGCAGAAGUGGGUGUCUCCAAAGUGGGCAUGAUCAUCCUGGGCCCACUGUUUCUUACCCUUUCUCAGUUCUUUCACACGCUUUCUUCCACGUACACAGCCACACACACUACACAUCCCCGUCACAGGGCUGAACUUCCCCAGGGAGAUUGAAAUCUCUCCACCACAGUUCAGUGCCGCAGUGUUGAGGGCUAUUGCUGUCUCUCCUAAAAAGGGCCCAACCUCUGAAGACCAUAGGCAGUGGUUUUCCUCCCCCUUGCAGCAUUGCACUGGGGGAGGAAAGCAACCACUUGAAAGGGCUUGGCAGGCCUGAUUUGGCCCAUGGGUUUACCACCCUUGUUCUACAGCAAGUUCCUGGUUUCAGCACAUGGGACUGCAGCAGCCAUGCCUACUUUGGAUCUUAGGAUACAGUAAAUAACCAAAUACCGCAAGAAAGCAUGUGAGCGCUCAAAGCCAGUCAGAAGGCCUAAGGAUGCCAAUACAAUGUUUCUGUUAUGAAGAAGCUGCCUUAUAUUGAGCUGCCUUAAACCAUCCUCCCCCAGUAGAUCCUUUUGCAGCCCAUCUAAAUCCUUCAGUGGAAGAUGCCAAGGACUAAGUUUAUGUAUGCAAGUAUCUGCUUUAUCACUGAGCUGUGGACCAGGGCUAUGUUUACUCUGCUCUAAAAAUACUUUGCAGGGUGUGUGCGCGUCUUUUUUAACUUGAUUUGGCCAGUAAUGAGAAGAACAAGGAACUAUUCAGGGGACUGGAACUAUUCAGAGGACUGUCACCACUGGAAAUCUUAGUUUGGAAUUCUUCUGCUUUCUGAAGUUGACCAGGACAUUGCCCAGACACAUUCAAACAAAUACUGGUAAUCAUAAGACUAAAAAAAUUGCUUUUUUAAAAAGUGAAAACUGAGUUUCCUAGGAAACGAAAUUAUGCAUCUAGUACCACAAUCUGUGGUUUGGGAGGGGUUUUUUUAAUGCUCCUGUGAAAUUACAGUUUGCAUACAUCCCUGAUCCUUGCUUUUGUGCUGAGAUACACCAACAAGCUCUUUAAAUUACCCAAUUUGAUGAGGUAAAUGGCUCUCCACAGCAGCUAUGCCUAUUUCCAUAACUCUGUAAAUGUGAUAAUUCAGCCCUUUCUUAGCAGAGCCACCGUAGGCCUCUUUUAUUGUCAGGGAAAUUAUAACGCUGGAGCAGAACGUUCAAAGUGGAGAUUGUCUUGACAGCACUUUCCAGCUCCUACAAGAUGAGAGUUUGUAACAUUUGCAUAAAAGACUCUUAAAUCAGGGAUGGAUGCGGCAUUAGAGAGCAGGUGGGUUGUCAGCGGUGGAAUUUAAAUCUGGUGCUUAAAAUCCUAGAUUCUGUGAUUGGAAUAAAGUAGGUAUUUAUUCUUUUUUCAAAUA